AUGUGCAAUUAUGUGCCCACUUUGAUAUUCCAGUUCCUGAUCAAAUUGGUCCUAAUUCAUCUGAGUGUGGAAUUCCUAACUGGGCCUCACGUGCAUCACACAGCCAGUGCCGCGCUCAUAAAUCCUUCUCCUCCACGACUGACUGGUCCCGCUGGUUUUUAUUUUCAACUACCUCCACAUCGACGUCGUUCCACCUCUGUGCCAUCCGAGGUGACCACGGACACUCGAUCACCGGCCACAGAACGGGCAGAUUGGUUGACCAAGUGGGAACAGGAAUCAACAAGCACAGACAACAACAACAACAACCAACAACAACAACAACAAUUAGGUCGACGAGUGAAAGACUUAUUUGAACUAGGAGCGCCCGAUCCAUCCGACCCAACCAGAUCGGUUCUCACUCGUUGUGGUGGAAUGCUACCCGAAACUGACUGUCAAAAGAAGGAUAGUCAUGGGGCAAUCAGUACGGAGCAAACGAGAAAACAGAUGAUUGAAAAAUAUAAGCACAUUAUUUUGAAACAAAUGAAUUUAGAUCACGUGCCCAGUCAUCCACCAAUUACGGAGAACGCCACCAGUUGGAAAUCUUUGCCUGUAAUUUUACGAAAUCGUUUGAAAGCAGAAGUGGACACUUCAAAUCAGCUGAUGGAUGAUCCGGUCGAAGAAGAUGAGGAAAAGGAAUCUUUUAUUUUGCUAAAGCAAUGUAAGUUUGAAUUUAUCAUUUUGACCACAAAUGCGGAAUGUAAGUAA